AUGGCAUCAACCGACAUUCCUACAUCUUACGAGACCCUCAAUCUCACUCAUGUCAAGAUAUACCACGACCCUCCUGGAGCCCCCGUGGCUACGCCAGUGGUGGUCCUCACGCUGCACCGACCCGAAAGAAACAAUGCAUUCACCCCACAAAUGGCCGACAGCCUCGCCCAGGCCUAUCAGAUGUUCCACCUCGACCCUCGUGUACGGGUAGUGGUGUUGACAGGAACCGGGAGGCUGUUCUGCGCGGGGUCAGAUCUGACCAUCGGCUUUGGAGAUGGCAAAGGACCGGCCGUGGACUUUCGGGACAUAGGCGGCCGUGUUGCUCUUGCUAUGCACCGAUGCCACAAGCCCACGAUAGCGGCACUUCAAGGGUCGGCCGUGGGCGUGGGCAUGACCAUGACCCUGCCAGCUGCUAUUCGCCAUGUAUUUGAUCUCCACUGGCGGCACGUACCCUCCACUCCCCAGUAUUUUGGUGGCCUCUUCAUGGAGACCAUCUCGGAUGCCGCUCAGGUCCUGCCGCGCGCCCUUGACCUCGCGCAUGAGAUGGCGACGAACGUGAGCCCGCUGGCAUCGUCCAUGAGUCGAGCAUUGAUGUGGGAAGGGCCGGCGUCCCCAGAGGCGGCGCAUUUGCUCGAAUCACGAGUCUUCCAUCAUAUGAUUGGACAGCGGGACUAUAAAGAAGGGGUCAACUCGUUUCUUGAGAAACGCCAGCCGGAGUUCCAGACGGAUCCUAGGCAAGAUAGUUCGCCCAACUACCCCUGGUGGUCAACAGUAGAUACUGCCUUGGAUCCUAGCAAGGGGUCGAAGUUGUGA